UACCCACCGUGUCUGUAUCAGAGCCGCCAAGGUUCUGGGAGAAGGAGACCUGAAGCAGGGUCGCCGUUGUUGAACAUUUACGUUCAACCAUGACUAGUCUUUCCGUGUUCAGGGACAUACCCCCAGCCCAGAAGCUGGAAGGUAGCUUACUAAAGACCUACAGGCACGAUGAUUAUCCUAGCAAGAUGUUCCUGGCCUACAAAGUCUGCAUGACCGAACAAGGCCAUCCCUGGAUUUCUCUCGUGGUGCGCAGGACUCGCCUGCAGAUUUCACAGGACCCCUCUCUGAACUAUGAAUACUUACCCAGGAUGGGCAUGAAAUCAUUCAUCCAAGCCGCCUUGGAACUCCUCUUUGGAAAACACAGCCAAGCCAUUGCAGAGAAAAGGGUAGGGGGUGUCCACACUGUUGGUGACAGUGGAGCCUUCCAGCUGGGGGCCCAGUUUCUCAGGAUGUGGCGGAAGAAUUUGAAAACCGUUUGCAUUGUCUCCUGUCAAAAGGAACAGUAUGGACUCAUCUUCCAGGACAUGGGCUUUACAGUUUAUGAAUACUGCAUCUGGAACCCCAAGGAGCUGUGCUCAGACCCCACCAUGUUCUUCGAUCUGAUGGAGCAUAUCCCAGCUGACAGUAUCCUUGUGAUUGGGAACAUUAUUGACUGCAGGUUCACGCAGACUCAGUGGACAAAUCUGAUGUCCAUCAUUAAGAGCAAGCAUAUAUUCCCAUUCUUUGACGUUCCCUGUCAAGGUCUGUCCACAGGUGACCUGGAAGAAGACACCAGACUCUUACAGUACUUCGUGCUCCUAGGGUUUGAGUUCUUCUGCAGCCAAUCCCUGUCCAAGAGUUUUGGCAUUUAUGAUGAAGGAGUGGGGAUCCUAGUCGUGGCAGCCCUCAGCAACCAGGACCUGCUGUGCGUCCUCUCGCAGCUGAUGAACAAUGUCCAGGCCCUGUGGGGAAACCCUCCGGCCACAGGGGCCCGGAUAAUCACUUCCAUCCUCUGUAACCCUGCUCUGCUUGUAGAAUGGAAGCAGAGUAUAAAAAGUGUUGUGGAGAACGUCAUGCUGAUCAAGGAGAAGGUGAAGGAGAAGCUCCGGCUCCUGGGGACCCCUGGGUCCUGGAAUCACAUCACCGAACAGAGUGGGACCCAUGGCUAUCUGGGACUCAACUACCAGCAGGUGGAGUUCCUGAUCAAGAAGAAGCACAUCUACGUCCCUAAGAACAGCCGCAUCAAUUUCACCUGCAUCAAUUCCAGGAACAUCGACUACAUCACGCAGAGCAUCCACGAGGCAGUGAUGAUAACAGAGGGCUGAGAGGGGUGGUCUUCCCAAAGCUGUCCCUGAUUGGAAUGAAAGCUUUAUGUCAACCUUGAAAAAAAAAAAUACUGAAUUAAUUAUGCAUUA